AUAACACCUGGGUUUACGUCGAGGUAGCUUGGACACUCUCAUGUCGGAGCGAAGCGUGGAGUUUUCUACCGCAGUGAGCAUCACUCUGUAGUGAUAACACUCGCUCGCACGCGAACCGGUCCCUGCCGCAUGCGCGCGACAACCCCUGUGAACAGAGCCAUGCAUGCGCGAAUUUGGUCACAGGGAACCCAGCCGAUCGCGGAUUCCCCCGCGAUGUCAUCGUCACAAACCUCGAUGUCAUCAUGUUAGUCAGCGGUCAAUAAGGAAGAGAUUUAGAACCUAUCUCGUGGAGAGGAGGAGUUUAUUGUUGUGGUGUUUUUGCAAUCGCCGUGACCUCGACAUCAUGGCGUCAGGUCUUUCUUACGGUUGCAGUCUGAGGCUUGCUCGACCAGACGGUUUCAUACCUCCAUCACUUUCACUGCCAUCGGAGUUCAACUGCAGCACACUGAGAAGCGGCGUUGCUCGUACUCCUUGGAUCAGAGAAAAGUGUACUGAACGAGUAAUACUGCAGUCUAUCCAUGUUCAGAAGACGAGCAGUAAGGUUCUCAGCUCGGCAAAAUCCGAUUCUGAUCUCCCUGCAACUCACGGCGAUCGUGUGGAAGUUUUCUGGGACUACGAGAAUCUUCCAGUCCCACAUGGACGUGGAACAUCCCCCUCACAGCUCGUUCACCAGCUCCAGAACUUCGCGAGUGACCUCGGGCAUCUAUCAAGGUUUAGAGCUUAUGGGAAGUUAGCAUCCUUCAGGGAGCAUGAUAAUGACAUUUGGAGCAGCAAUAUUGAGAUUGUGGUGGUACCGCCAGGAAAUAAUGUGGCAGAUGAUGUUAUACUGAUGGAUGUGCUCGGUACUUUUCAUCCCAGUGCGAUUCAGAAGAGAUUCAAGGACAGCUAUUUCCUGGCGCAGAGGCUUCUUGACCUUCCUAUUGUGGUCAUCGUUUCUGGAGACAGCGGGUUGCUCUCAUCAAUCACCAAUUUUCUCCGCUUGGGAGUGAAAGUGGUCUCCUUUUUCUCCAUCGGCACUAAGCGGGAUGUGUUGCGCAAGGAAAAGUGGUUCUCCAUUUUGAAGGAGUCUGGCGUUUCAAUGCACUACUGUGAGCUGACUGCAGGUUCAGUCAUCAUGUGUGGAUUCUCGCUGGGACUGGCUAACCCCAACACACCACAGCUCGUAGCAUCUCCACAGAUGGACUCAACUGCCAUCCAUCCCACCUCGCAGCCUGACUCGGGGGUAAAUGCACCUUCUCCUCCCCAUCUUGGCAAAUCCAGAGACUCCAGCCAUCCCAACCAGCAGCUUGACUCAAAGGCAUCAGCACAUUCUCCCCCCCAUGCUGGCUAUUCAAGGCUCAAAUACGAGUGCAGGGUUGUGCUUGGUGCGUAUGGCUCAUGCACUCUGGAGCAGUUCAAAAAGCUGUACACUGACACAUUCAAAAAGCCGUUCAGGCCUCAAGAAUAUGGGCUCCAAGGAGUUAAGGAUGCGAGCAAUGCGCUGUGAGGUGUUGCUGAUUUCACCGAACCCUCUCCCGGCCAUCAUGUGCAAGUCUCUCUCGUCGACUCGAAAGCCAAUAUGCUAGCUCUUGCGGUUAUUCAGUCGAGGGUGAGAAUCGUGGUUCAUGAGAUUGUGGAGGAGUUAUGGAUAGCCGAGCAAGUGGGUCAGCUGUCGAUUGACUGGAGCAACGCAAACUUCUGGAUUCCACUGAAGAAGCUGCAGGAGAAAUUGGAGAAGAGAACAGGGGGGCAAUUGGAUAACCUUCCGGCUGUUCACGGUAUCUUCAGGGGGAUCUCCAGCAACCACCAUCCUCGUCUGGAGGAGCGCCUGGUGCAGCUGUUGCGAGAGAUGCCGGAUGUAAUUGAGGUGCAGGAAGCCAUCGAAGAAAUUGUUGCGGUGCGACUUGUUCAGAGGGAAAAAGAUGUGCUGAUUGGCCACUGGAUGGUGAAGAGCGAGAUGUGGGAUGGAACUGUUGUUUACUAGUGUUGUAGUUUUCCUGGCACUGGAGUCUGCGCUGUGCUGCUCACUAUGGCAAAGCAAGAGCAGAGUGUGUGUGGGAUGAUCACACCAACAGUAGACCAAUGCAGGUACGGUACGUCUCCAAUGCUCGUUGGAUUCUUCCAUGUUUACCCUAUAGUAACCAACCUGUGAGAGCCUCAUCCAAGUUACAA